UCAGGGUCGACACGAUCCUCAACCGCGAAAAAGACCUGGCGCUGGCGCUGGCAUCCUCCUAACCUCCGAUUCGAAGCGCCGGUGCCGGGCGAAUCGGUUGUCGGUAUCGAGGUGCCGAACACGAACCCGGCGCCGGUCACGGUCAAGUCGGUAAUGGACGUCGACUCGUACAAGUCCGCACAUCCGAAUAUGGGGCUGCCCGUGCCCCUGGGACUCGACUCCGGCGGCCAGCCGGCGAUCGCCGACCUGACGCGAAUGCCUCACCUUCUCGUCGCAGGCGCGACCGGAUCGGGCAAGAGCGUGUGUAUCAACGCCCUGGUAGUGGGCCUGCUGAUGAACCGCACUCCGGAGCAGGUACGAAUGGUGAUGAUCGACCCCAAGCGGGUUGAACUCACGCCGUACGCCGGGAUUCCUCAUCUGUAUACCGAACCCGUCGUGGAGCCGGAGCGGGCGAUCGUGAUUUUGCGCUCUCUCGUCCAGGAGAUGAUGGAGCGGUUUCGGCUUUUGGAAUCGGCCGGCGUCAGGAACAUCGCCGCAUUCAACGCAAAAUCGUCCGUGAAGAUGCCGUUCUUGUUGAUCCUGGUCGACGAACUGGCAGACCUCAUGCUCACCGGCGCCAACGACGUGGAACGGCUGCUCGUGCGCCUUGCACAGCUUGGCCGGGCGACGGGCGUUCACCUGGUCGUGGCUACACAACGGCCGUCCGUGGACGUUGUGACCGGGCUGAUCAAGGCCAACUUCCCAAGCCGAAUCAGCUUCUCCGUAAUGUCCCAGAUCGAUUCCCGCACCAUUCUCGACAGCCCCGGCGCAGAGAAACUGCUGGGCAAGGGCGACAUGCUGUUCCUGCCGGUCGACAGGGCAAGACCGCUCAGAGUACAGGGAGCGUUUCUCGGCGACGACGAAGUGGAGGCGGUGGUCGACUACUGGCGAAAAGCGGACCGUCCUGAAAUGCCCAUGCUGGAGGUCAACUUCGAUGAGGAGUCAGGUUCGGUCGACAUUGCGCCCAGCGGAGGCGACUCCCUCUUCGACAACGCCGUUUCGUUGGCUAAGUCUCAACGCACGUUAUCCACUUCGUUGUUGCAACGCAGACUGCGGAUCGGCUACCCCCGGGCAGCCCGGCUGAUGGAUGAGCUGGAAGACGAAGGUGUGGUGGGUCCGGGCGAGGCGGGCAAACCGCGACAGGUCCUGUAG